CUUCCAUUGCUAGUGUGUGUAUCCUCAAAGCAAUUGAAGUUAAAAGCAAUUAAGCAGAGUGAAAAUGCAGGGCGGGAAGAAUACAUCGGGGAAUGCGAAGGAAACGGCAGCCAACAUAAUGGCCUCCGCUAAGGCUGGCAUGGAGAAGACCAAGGCCACCGUAGAUGGGAAGAUGGAAAGCAGGAAAGCCCCAGAUACAGCGCAGAAAGAAAUGGCCACCAGAAAGAAAGAUGAGAGGAUCACCCAGAUUGAACUCGAAGAGAAGCAGGAACGUGCCCGCAACGCCGCAACCAAAGAGGCGGGAAGGGCUAGCACAGGCCGUCCCACCGGAAACCACCCGAUUUCAGCUUUACCUGGACAUGGUGCUGGCCAGCCUGUGGUAGGGUCGUACCUUGUUGGCACUGGCCCCGGCACCGGCACUGGCACAGGCUAUCCCGACGGAAACCACCGGAUUUCAACCUUGCCUGUACAUGGCGCUGGCCAGCCUGAGAUGGGGUGGCACCCCGUUGGCACCGGCACUGGCACAGGCUAUCCCGACGAAAACCACCCGAUUUCAGCCUUGCCUGGACAUGGCGCUGGCCAGCCUGAGGUGGGGUAUCACCCCAUAGGCACUGGCACUGGCACGGGCACAGGCACUGGCACUGACACACACUAUCCCGACGGAAACCACCCGAUUUCAAUCUUGCCUGGACAUGGUGCUGGCCAGCCUCAGGUGGGGUCGCACCCCGUUGGCACUGGCAUCGGCACGGGCACCGGUACUGGCACUGGCACACGCAAUCCCGACGGAAACCACCCGAUUUCAGCCUUGCCUAGACAUGGCGCUGGCCAGCCUGAGGUGGGGUUGCACCCCGUUGGAACUGGCACUGGCACCGGCACUGGCACUGACACACACUAUCCCGACGGAAAUCACCCGAUUUCAGCCUCGCCUAGACAUGGCGCUGGCCAGCCUGAGGUGGGGUCGCACCCCGUUGGCACUGGCACCGGCACAGGCACCAAUACUGGCACUGGCACAAGCAAUCCUGACGGAAACCACCCGAUUGCCACCCGAUUGCAGGCUUGCUUGGACAUGGCGCUGGCCAACCUGAAGUGGGGUUGCACCCCGUUGGCACUGGCACCGGCACCGGCACUGGCACUGACACACACUAUCCUGACGGAAACCACCCAAUUUCAGCCUUGCCUGGACAUGGCGCUGGCCAGCCUGUGGUGGGAUCGCACCCCACUGGCACUAGCACUGGUACUGGUGGCACAGGAAGGACCGAUAUAA